GUGGCACUAAUUAAACACUCCAUUAAUCGAAUUUAUUGUAGAAUUUAAAUACCUAACAUGGAUAUCCAAAACACAUUAAAUAGGCUAGCGUUGGCAUGCUUUAUAGUUUUUUGCAAAAAUCUUUUAAUAGCCACUGCCACCCCAAGCAUUCAUUUAGAUUUGUCGCAUAAUAACAAGCAGUAUGACGAUUUUUCUGUUAACGAGGUUAUUGUGGCAGGUCCAAAGGAGGUGGUGAUAACCUGUGGCAAUGGUAGGGACGAAGAUGUGGAACAUACAAUGUAUCCCAGUGACCCUGUGAGCAAGAUGUUGCUGCCACCGGAAGGCAACGAUUUCACCAGUGCUGUUGAGAAGGAGGUGGCUUCACAUAGUUUCUAUCGUAGCAGCGACUUGAAUUUUGAGGUGAAGAAGGCCAAGGACGUCCCAGUUUCUGUGAAGAUUUCUAGGACUGUGGAUACAUUGAUCAUGGCUAAGGAUCCUGAGAACUUUAGUCUCAACUUUGCUUGCAAGUAUCAAUCCAAGGAUGGUAGCAAUGCUCCAGUUUACAAAUGGGUCACUAUCAAAUUCGAAGCUGUAUACCCUAUGGCAUAUGGUUGUGAGACAGGAAAUAAUAUGUUGUUUAAAAACAGUAGGCCUAUAAUUCCAAAUAUUUUAAAUCUGCAAAUUGCCUCAUGUUCUGUUGACAUUGAACCUGGGAUGAUUUUUGGUAUAUAUUGUAAGGCUGGAGAACGUUUAGACCCAGGUGAAUGCUUCUCUGAUGAAGAAUUAUCAGAUUACAACGGAGCAAUCACGCCAUAUAUACCAAAAUUCGCUGCAAACGCUAAUCCUGCAAGUACACUUUCCACGAGAUUUAGACUGUUUAAAGUGCAUGAUGGCCAACUUCCUAAUUCUGUUGACUUGAGUUGCGCAUGCGUUGGUGCUUAUGACAAAACAACGCGAAUCCUAUAUGUAAACAUGCUAGGGAAUGUUGUAGUUAAUGCAUCGAAACAAACCAAUAAUAUGAAGGCGGAUCUGAUGCCAACGAUCAAGGAGGUGAUAAUGAACAUGAAUCCUGGUAACAAUAUUACGGUAAAGUAUGUUCCGGACGGUGAGGUGUUUCUAUCUCGUGGAAGAAAGGUCACAGGUCAACUCAGACCAACAAAUCCUGAUACCACCGCUUUCAAUGGAUUGCCUGUAGAAUCGAACCCGCCUACCCCAAUCAAGGAUUUUAUUGGUUCCAGGGGAGUUGAUAUAACAUACACUAAGGUUAAAGAUAAAAUGGUCUACAAAGUCAAGUAUGCUGAUGAUGCAUUGCUAGUUUUGAAAUCAAACACACCAUUUAUGUUUUACAACUGGAAAGUCAAUGGUGUUCCUGGUGAAGUCGCUGUCAACGGAAUACUGAAAGUAGGGUUCAACAUUAUGCCUACAGAUCCCUAUACCUAUGGUUGUGGUGUUGAUAGUGCCGAUUUAUUUAGAGACACUGGAUUUCAGUUGAAACAAGAAGGGAGAGGUCGGAAGGUUACGCAUUGCAAGGUCAAUCCUUACUUAUCUAGUCCUGUUGGAUUUUACUGUCCUGAAGGUUUCGUGCUGGAGCCACCCAACUGCUUCAGUGAGAUGCUUCACAAAGAUAAGGAGGUCGUGGUGCCACUAUCUGAUUUCGAACCACUGGCCAGAGCAUUGGAAGGGCGGCAUAUAAAGGUUGCGGAUUUCCAUACGUCAACGAGUAACCGGGAUCAUAUACGAUACUCUUCAGUAGAGCUCAUGUGCCGUUGUCUCGAUAAAGAAGGGCGUGUUAGAGCAAGUAUCACACUCAAUUUACAGAGGCCAUCAAAUUUGCGCCGUCAAUGGAAUGACAUGCUAAAGCCUACGAGAUUCUAGGGAAAAUAAAACCUGCUAUAGGGAAGACGACUAUACUGUAAUAUAAAACUCACGCUAUUUAAGUAUAAUGUCACAGAUCAUAGACAUCCAUUAGA